UAAGCGAAACAAUAACAGUUGGUGGGCCACUUUGCGCUCAGAUCCUUCGCCGGCAAGUUGAUACUUUCAGCGCCUUUUUGGCGCAUCGAGGUCCCGAUUAUUUGCAGCCUAUAGCGGAGGAGCACAACGCGCUCCACUUCUAAUCAGAUUAGGAACCUUUAAUGUUCAAUCCUGUUUUUCCUUCGUCCCUAACGUAGCGGUGCAGGAGUGGCCAAAGCCAAAUGCAGCGAUUCAGAUCAGAUUUCACCUAAACCAGCUGGGAGAGAGACCGACAGAGAGGGAGAGAGGCAAAGAGAGAGAGAGAGAGAGACCCGAGAAGAGAAGAGAGAGGAUUUGUCAGUCUCCCUCCUCCCAAAUCCAGAAAAGCUUACCAAGGAAAAAAGGAGGAGUGUCUGGGCUCAGAUAGACGCGAGGAAUCCAGAGGAAUUUCCCGAGGAUUUUUUUCUCUUCCUUUCCCCCUCCUCUUCACAUCAAAUUAAAAAAAAUUAAAAACAACAACAAGAAAAAAAAAAGUUGGAGGGGAGGCAGCGGGGACCGUGGUCAGGGAUGGACGAGCAGCCGCGGCUGAUGCAUUCCCACGGGGUAGGCAUGGCCGGACACCCCGGCCUGGCGCAGCAUAUGCAGGAUGGCACGGCGGGGACGGACGGAGACGGAAGAAAGCAGGACAUCGGAGACAUAUUACAGCAAAUAAUGACCAUCACAGACCAAAGCUUAGACGAAGCGCAGGCAAGGAAACACGCACUCAAUUGCCAUCGAAUGAAACCUGCUCUGUUCAAUGUCUUGUGUGAAAUAAAGGAGAAAACAGUGCUCAGUAUCCGCGGCGCCCAGGAGGAGGAGCCUCCAGAUCCCCAGCUGAUGCGACUGGACAACAUGCUUCUGGCAGAGGGUGUUGCCGGACCGGAGAAAGGUGGCGGGUCUGCGGCCGCGGCUGCCGCUGCUGCGGCCACCGGCGGCGUCGGCGCAGAUAACUCUGCAGAACACUCCGACUACCGGGCCAAGCUAUCUCAGAUCCGACAAAUCUACCACACGGAGCUGGAGAAGUACGAACAGGCGUGCAAUGAGUUCACCACCCAUGUGAUGAACCUGCUGAGGGAGCAGUCUCGAACACGACCCAUCUCGCCCAAGGAGAUUGAGCGCAUGGUCAGCAUCAUCCACCGCAAAUUCAGCUCCAUUCAGAUGCAGCUGAAGCAGAGCACUUGCGAGGCCGUCAUGAUCCUGCGCUCACGCUUUCUUGAUGCCAGACGAAAGAGGAGGAACUUCAACAAACAGGCGACAGAGAUCCUAAACGAGUACUUUUACUCCCACCUCAGUAACCCUUAUCCAAGCGAGGAGGCUAAAGAAGAGCUGGCCAAGAAGUGCGGCAUCACCGUGUCACAGGUAUCAAACUGGUUCGGGAAUAAGAGAAUCCGAUACAAGAAAAACAUUGGCAAGUUCCAAGAAGAGGCCAACAUGUACGCAGCCAGGACUGCAGUCAACGCCACCAGUGUGUCGGCUCACGGCAGUCAGGCCAACUCGCCGUCAACUCCCAACUCAGCAGGUUCUGCUGGCUCUUUUAACAUGUCAAACUCCGGAGACUUGUUCAUGAGUGUGCAGUCCCUCAAUGGGGACUCGUACCAAGGGGGGCAGGUUGGGGCCAACAUACAGUCCCAGGUGGAUACCCUUCGCCAUGUUAUCAGCCAGACCGGAGGAUACAGUGACAGCCUCGCAGCCAGCCAGAUGUACAGUCCGCAGGGCAUCAACGUAAGACCUACAAACGGCGGCUGGCAAGAUGCUCCGACUCCUUCGUCAGUGACAUCGCCCACAGAAGGACCCGGGAGUGUCCAUUCAGAUACUUCCAACUGAAUAUCUCCAUCUCCACACCUCAUCCCCGAAGAAUAAAACAAAACAUGAACGAGCGUUGCUCCUCACAGUGUUAAAACCAAGGAAAUCACUUCCCAUAUUUCGGCGAGGUCCUGUGAAAUCCUAGCCCUGAACGAAAAAUGUUUCUCAGCCUAUAACAACAGACUUUUGGGAUACAAAUAAGAAGUUUCACAAGAAAAAUCCAAUAACAUUUCAAUCAGCAACUUUCACAUUAUAAUCAGAGGGCUGGGGUUCCUUAUUCACUUGUAAUGUUUUCACUCAAUAUGAUGAGAUGAUCAAAUAAAGUAGAUUAAUAAAACCAUUGGUUUAACUGAAAAUACUUCAUUCUACCUCUCAGCCACUAAGAAGAGUAAAAAAAAAAAAUGUCGGUGACCAUUAUUUGUUUUUGUAAAAAUGAAACUUUUGUCUUUGCAAACAAGAGGCACAUCUUCUUACAUUUUGUUGUCUCUCACCUACUCUAUGGUACGCCAUUUAGACUUAAAUAUUGCUCAGUUGUUUACAAUGUGUGCUCGAUAAAAGUAUGUUCAUCCUCCCCCUCUGUCUCUGGCAAGUCAAAACUGAGUUCUGUCAGGAGAUUUUACCUCUAAGGUAACCCUGUGAAGUAUGUUAUCUGUAAAACAAUAAAAUAAAUACUUGUCAUCAAAACAGACAAGCUUGACAUCGUUCAUUAAGAUGCCAGGGAUAUCAGCAGAAACUCUUUCACGCAGUCUUGAUUUUGCUUCUGCAGCACAUUGGUACAAAGGCAGAUGCAAACAAAAAAAGUCUGCAGUACUGUAAAGCUCUUAUUCUUUUUUAAAUCUCCGAGAACAUCUUUUCACAUUACGUUUUGCUGUCUUCUCUGUCUGAUGAUACCAAAAUGCUCACAUAACCAAAUCAAAACCUUUACAUGUCAUGUAGUGUGUUAUUUCAUCAAAUAUUUACUGAGUUAUUUCUUUGUCAGCUCAUCUACAUGGCUCCUUUAUAAAAAGAAAAAUUUAAUAGUGGUGCAUUGAGGAGACUAAAAUAUACAUUUCAACAGGAAAAAAAAAUUGUCAUAAUUGUUUGUAAUAUAUUUUUUAAUACACAGAGACACAAUCCACUGAUACAAGAGCAUCUUUAUGUUAACAGAGUUUUCAAGGCAGUUUUUCCACACAGUGGAUCCUUCGUCCUGAUUCUAAAGCACAGCUCUGGAGCCGCUCCAAGCAUUAAGUCACUGAUUAUCAUUACAUAAAGAAGUAUGACCUACGGCUCAGCUGAUGGACAUGUAAGGAAGAGUGCAUUCCCAUUUUGUCGAACUACGCCUUCUGGAGCACAUUCACCUUUGGUGGAUUACAUGAUUCAACAGGUACUUUAACAAAACUAAAAACAAACAUGAAGUUCAUUCUGACACUUAUGAACAAAUGUUAAUCAUUAAACAUCCAAGAUUGAACAUGAUAUUAUGUCAAAUAAUUGUGUUUUAUAAGCAGCCCAACCUUGUUUAUAGUUAUUUUUUAUGUUGUGUGACUUAUACUUUUGUAUUUGAUUUUAUUGGCAUGCUACUUUUUUUUUUUUUUUUGGUCCUCUGUUUUUGUGAUUUAGCUCAUGAACUUUCGACAUGUGUUUAUGUGCACCUGUUGUGCUUGACUUGCCUUGUUGCAAAGGGUUUUCAACACAUUAAAAUAAUAUGUACUACAGUGCAGGUAUAGAACUGCUUCUUUUUCUUUCUAUGCUGAGUCCUCAUGAUGAAAUGAGGAUGUUCCUUUGUAAGCGCCUCAUUGUUUCUAGAAAUGUCUUCAUUCACAUGCAAAAUGAUUGAAGUAAAUGGGUAUGCAUACAGCUUCUGCAAGCAUUUUCUUUAAUGACUGUGCAGUUUCAGGUGCUGAGUUCAAAGACAGUACAUUGGUAGCAUCCCACUUGUGCAACUGUAAGUCUUGUCAUGAAAUUUACAACUUUGUGGGAGCCAUUUAGAGAUGGUCCCUUCCUGUCCCAACAUGUCUGUGCAUGAGUGCACAAAGCAAGGUCUACAGAAAACAUGGAUGAGCAGGUUUGACGUUUACAGACUUGACUGGCCUGCACAGUCCUGACCGCAAACUAAUCAAAAACCUCUGGGAUGAAAUAGAGCAGAUACUGUGAAUCAGGCCUUUUAAUCCAACAAUCUGGUCAUAAAUUUGCAUAAACACAAUCCUACAAAAUCUUAUGAAAAGCUUCCUAGAAGAGAUUAAGCUGUUAUAGCUUGUUAUAUUAAACACAAUGUAUUAAGAAUGCAAUGCCACAAAAUUCAUAUGUGUACUUAUGAAGGCACAUGUUCUGCAAUAUGGUGUUUAUCAGGCACUACAACACUUCAACUGAAAUAUACCAAAAGCAAUGGAAAUAUUGGCUUGUGAAGCUUUCAUAGUGGGGCAAUGAUAUCAUUCUUUUAAAGUGAAAGGCCGGCACAGUUACUUCUUCCAGUCCUGAAUCUGUUUCUAAAAGAUAUUGUUUUAUUCUUGUCAAGGUUUCUGUAUGGAACCACGGCUGAAGCCAAACAAAACAUUUGCUCUGUCUCCCUUCAGAAGCUAGCUAAGAAACCUGCAAAACAGGUAAUUCUAUUUUUUAACUAGAUUUUUUUUAAUAUUGAGGUUUAUAAAUAGCCCACAUAAACAGCAGUGAAUUUAUUUUGAUGUUAAACUAUUGCUUAUUGACACUAUGCAUCGUUUCUAAAAAUGCCUUUCCAACUCCCCAAAAAUUAUGCAAAUUAAAUUACAUUGACUGUUACAUAUAAACGAAGUUCAAUGUUAAAUUUAUAAAAUAAUUUUGCCAAAACUUUCUGUAUGUUUGCAGUUUUUAAAGAUGGACAUUAUUUUCUUUAAAAAAAAUCAAGAAAUACAAAGAAUAUUGCAAUUACUGUGUGUGACCUGUGUGUAGCGAUGCAACAUGGUCCCUGGAAUACACUAAAAGCGGUGAAUUAUUCAAACGUAAAAAUAGGAUUUUAUUGUGUACAUUUUUCUCUAUGUUUUCAUUCUGCAUCAUGUCCGCUUGAAAAAUAUAAAUUGUGGAUUUCUGUUUAAGAUAACAUAAGUGAACCAGCUUUAUUCUCUUCAAAUGUUUUCUAAAAUGGCAAAAGUUUCUGAAGAAAAAAAUAUUGGCUGUUAGAUGGUGCAAUAAAAUGUGCUGUAGGUUGAUUUUAUUUCUCAGAGAAAUAAAAUAAACCUGUAUUUUCUGUUUAAUCCCCUUUAUUGUUAGAGAUAACUGAUUGCAAAAGAGGCUCAGUAUUUCCAGUUGCUUUAAUAAAAUAAAGACAAUAGAGCAUGUUAGACUGUAUCAUACUAAUCUGAAGUAACAGUGGUGGAAGCCAUAUAUCAUGUCUUACUCUGUUUUUAAGCUAAGAAUACGUUUCACUGAGUUUUGUUGUCAAGAUGGUUUCAAGUCGGGGAUGGUUAAGAAAAGCAACAUUUUAAAUUUUAGGCUGUUUCUGGAGAAAGAUUAAAUCUUUAAUCUUUCUGGAGUGAAAGAAAGACUGAA